GAUGUGGCAAAGGCCAGCCCUGUCCCAGUCAUGAUCUACAACUGUACCACCCCUUCAAACCCCUUAGCAGCAGCAGGCAUCGACCUAGAUAGCACGACCAUCCUCGAGCUCGCCCAGUCCUGCCCGAACAUCUGUGGUGCUAAGCUCACCUGCGAAAACAUGGGCAAGCUCUACCGUAUCAGUAUCAUCAUUUCCCAACCGGCGUUCGUGGCCCAG